UCGCCUCCCCGCACCCGCACCCGCACCGCAAACCGCAAACCGCAUCAUCCUCUGCUGCUCGCCCUCGCCGCCCCCGCCUCACUAGAACCGCGCCGUGCCCCAAACCCUAGCGCAGCCGCGGGGGGAGGCGCGCCGCUCCAAUCCAACCCCAAUAGCUUCGGUCCCGAUUUUCCUGCCACCCCCCUCAAACCCCGGCCUCCCUUCUCCGCCCCCGCCGUCCUCUGUAAUUUUUCGAAUUCUGUAUUGGGAAUAUUUGUGGUGCUUUUUUGGUUGUUUGUUUCAGGAGCGCGUGGCCUCGGAGGAUUCGCGGCGGCUGGGCUAGGGUUUUGGCGUCUCGGUCAAGGGUGGUGCGCCAUCUGCUCCGUGGGAUCUCCCGGAACCAGGAUUGCUGUCAGUCACUAUGUCAUCAUAUCCUGUGCUAAACAACCGACCAAUUGAUCAGUGGAGAGUUACUGAUCUGAAGGAUGAACUCCGUAAAAGAAGACUUCCUGUCAAGGGUUUGAAAGAGGAACUUGUGAGGCGACUCUUUGAAUCCAUUCAGAGUGAAAAAUCAGCUGAUGAAGAUGUGGGAGCGAAUGCAGAUGAUCAGUUGCCUGAUGCCAAUGCUAGUGAACAAACUACAGUUACCAUCACAGAAGUUUGUCAUGAAACAGUGGUUCAUGUCAGUCAGCAAGUUGAAGUUCCUACCCCCAGUGUUGAUGUUGAAGCUUCCUUAAAUGAGACCUCAGCUGCCAAAGGAGAAGAGCCAGAAUCAAUUGCUGGAGGAAAUUUAGCUUUCGAAGAAGUGCAACCGCAUACUGAAAGUAAUAAUGAGCCUGUUCUUGAGAAGACCUCAGAUGCUGACACCAAUGAUGCAGUCAUUGUCAAUGAUGCAAUCAGUACUGAAGUGAACUCGGACUUGGCCACUUCUGAAGUCAAGUCUGAUGCCACUAAAGCAACCAAAAUUCAAGAACAGGAUUCAGCACCAGCACCUGCAGAUGCUAGCCAUAUGGAUACCGAUGUUGUCACAGCUGCACCAGUAAGCAAUGAUGGCGAGAAACUGGCACCCAUGGAUGAUUUGGGUGACAAAGUGCCAAUGUAUGAUGAAGAACACAAAGAUUCUGAUAUCAUGAACGAGGACCGCGAGCCCAUCGUGUCAAAACCAAAUAAUCAGGUACCUGAGGUUAGCCUAGAUUUAGGGUCUCAAAUUAAGUGUGAGUCGAUUUCUAGUGAUCUAUCAACUAACAAAAAGAAUAAUAUAGAAGAUAACUUGAAUGCUAAUAAUUUUGAUUUAGAACUAGAGGUUAAGCCGAAGAUGGUUGAACCAUCAUCCGGCAUUACUUCCUUAGGUGGAGAUUUGCAGCAAUUGGAUGAUGACAAAGAGCUGGUUAAGAACCAGUCAUAUGUUGAAGGCAUAGAUUCCACCGCUAAUGUGGACUCAUACAAGAAAGAUAGUCCUGAAGGUUCUCCAGAGAAAUUAAAUUUAGACAGGAGUUCAGGUGAUGAGUCAAUGGAGGAGGAUGUUAUGGAAAUUAAACAAGUUGAGUCCAAUAUGAAAUCUGAUGAAAAGACUGAGCUUAACUCAGAAGAUGUGAAAGAGGUGACCCUCCCUGAUUCUGCUGUUGAGGCUUCCUCUGUUGAUACCAAGGAGGUUAUAGCUGAAGAAAAGUCGGCAGCUUCAACAGAAAAGAGGAAACUCGAAGCUGAAGAAGUUGUUGCAAACACUGAACCAAUCAAGCGGCAGCGCCGAUGGACUUCAGAUGGUGCCAAAGUUCCAGAAAGACAAACAUUGAGUCAAACUGUUUCUGAUGCUCCCAAGGAUGUUUUUCAGCCUGCUCUGAAACGAUCUUUUGGGAGGUCUGAUUCAAUGGCGAGUGUAGAUUCUCCUAAGGAGAGGAUUGUGCCACCGUCUCAGAAACCUGCAACAACUUCUUUGAGAAUUGACCGAUUUGUACGCCCAUUUACUCUGAAAGCUGUGCAGGAGCUUCUUGGUAAAACUGGAUCAGUACAAAUCUUCUGGAUGGAUCAUAUCAAGACUCAUUGCUAUGUUACAUUUUCCUCGGUUGAUGAAGCUGUGGCUACUAGGGAUGCUGUUUACAACCUACAGUGGCCCCCAAACAAUGGCAAUAAGUUGAUUGCCGAAUUUGUUGAUCCUCAGGAAGUGAAGCUCAAGAUUGAACCUCCUCCCCCACCAGCAGCUCCUGUUAGUCCAGCAGCUGCUGCAAGGGUGCCUCCUGUUCAACAGGCUCUGGCUAAUCAAAAUGUGCCACGCCAAGCUGCUGCACCGAAGGAGCAACUGCCACCUCCACCGCCCCUUGCUAAGCCCCCUACAGUUGACCCAGCGGCAUCAGCAAGGGAGAGGCUUCCACCCACUCCGAAGAAGCCAGAGCCUCCUGUUGUGACACUUGAUGAUCUCUUCAGGAAGACACAGUCGUCCCCAAGGAUCUACUAUCUGCCUUUGUCAGAAGAGGAGGUGGCAGCCAAGCUCGCUGCACAAGGGAAAGGGAAAAAGGAAUAGGAGGCAUCGGUCUCCAUUUUUCAGCUCUAGUGUCGUGGAACAUGAUGUGAGGCGGUCACAGCAGCUGGCAGGUGCUACUGCUGCAGUCCAUUUGAAAUAACAAUCAGUGCUGAGUGCUGUGGCAAGGAGUAGUUGUAGGGUUAUUAUGUGAAAAAGACUAGUGUAGAAGCAGCAGCAGCUUGUAUUUCCUACAGAAGGUAGUUUUGAUUGGGUCUCCGUCUAGACCGUCUGAGGUACUUGUUUAUUUUAUGCUGUCAGGUACUGUUGAGACUUGAGACGCUGGAUUGAGUUGUCUCGGGGAAAAUACUUUUGAGAUGCUUGGUUUAAUUUCAGUCUUCAGCGUCGGUGUUGCAUAA